AUGCCGGCGGCCAUGGCCGAGAGGACGGAGGACUGGGUGAUCCUGGGGAAGAGCAUGGAGUACAUCAUGGAGGCCCUCCAAGUGCCGGGGCAGCUGUCCCCCAGAGAGGUGCUGGACGUCCUCAAGCUGCUGGCGGUCCGGAUCUUAAAUAACAAGAUGUCCGGCGCGCUGUGUCAGAAGAUGACCGACAUCAUCAUCAACUACCUGCGGAAGGCGAAGCCGGAGGAGGAGCUGGAGGAGAUGGGCGCCGUGGUGCUCACGGCCCUGGGCUCCCACUACCCGGGCGCCGUCAUCAUCAAGCUCCUGGACCGAUCGCGCCUCUACCGCCUGCCCCCCAGGAGCCUCCUGGUGGCCGUGGGCAAGCUGAACCUGAGCCCCGGAGCCGCCCGCCUACAUCGGGGUGACCUGGGAGCACGUGCUCCUGCUGCUGAGGGUGGCCCAGGAGGAGAAGGACCGGCUGGCGCUGUGCCAAACGCUGGCGGGCUGGCCGUCAACGCGCACCAGGUUCGUGAACCCCAGGCCGGGGGACGCGAGAGCACGGACGCCGCCCCCCAGUUCCUGUCCCUCAAGGCCUGCCUCACCCUGCGCGUCCUCUUCCACCGCUGGCCGCUGACGGGCAGCGGGAAGGUCACGGAGCAGGCGCUGGUGAUCGCCGGCCGCCUCUUCUUCCUCAUCGCGCCCUCCAAGCUCAGGACCCAGGUGAACUGGCUGGUGCGCAGGCUCGUGGCCCUGACCGCCACCCCCGCUCGAGCCCUUCUACAUCUCCCAGUGCCUCUGCCAGCUCCUCGAUGCCCUGGCGCAGAGCGGCUAUGGCGGCGUCAACCUGGAGUCCCAGGUGGAGAACGUCACCGACAUGCUGUUCCUGCUGGUGAGCAAACCGGUCGUCAGCACGGACACUCAUUCCAACAGAGUCACAGCCUUGCGAUGAGGGGCUUCUACAUCCUCACCAAGCUGUACAACAAGGAGGUGGUGGUGUUGCUCCUGAAGACCUUGGUGUCCAAAGAUUUGACCAAGGUCCUGUUUGCCCUUCAGGUCUUCCAGAAGGUGUUUCGAGAAGUGACGCAGACGGAGUUCCUCAAGGCGGAGGUGAUGAAGGCGGUCAUUGUGGUGAUCCAGGAGUGCGGGCAGGAGGACCCGCCGCGCCCGGCCCCCCCCACCUGCCACACCGCGCAGGUGCGCAUGGCCCUCCUCAACUUCCUAGAGAUCCUGGCCGAGCUCGGCUACCUGCUCCUCCCCCAGGGCGGCGUCCUCAUCGCCUACAUCCUCAGGCUCAGCAGCUGGGACCUCUCCCACGAAGAGGACAUGCAGCUACGGUGCCUGAGAAUCCUGAAGAUGCUGCCCUUGCCCAAGCUGGUCACCUUCGCGUGUCAGUCCGCCCACCUCAAGUCCUUUCUGGUCCUGAGCGAGGCGGCCACGGAGAUCGCCCUGCAGAAUUCCGCCCUGGGCCACUUCCCCUACCUCAGCAGGUUUCACCGCAAACCCACCCAGAUCACCUCCCCACAGACGCUCCUCACCCAGCUCGUGCUGUUUGCUCUGAAGCCCUUCCGACAGAAGGAGUUUGGGGUGAGGUCCCUGAAGCUCCUGUCUGCCCUGCACCCCAUCACCUCCCUGCACCCCGUCAUCAACUCCUGCGUGGGUCAGCUGUGGAAGAAGGCCAUCCCGGAGAUGCUGCAGAUCCUGGAGGAUUACGACGAGAAGAACCUGAAUCAGAGGAAGUGGGAGCACCGGCUGCUCCAGUUUUCCAGCCAGUCGCUUGUGGCCAUCAGUGACGAUGCCUGGAUGGAGCAGCUCACCGUGGGCGUCCUCGGCAGGGUCACGCAGCUCGUCGGCCACGACGAGGAGAAGGCCUUCCUGUACCGGUUCCUCGGCUACACCAUGAGCACCACCAACAACCCGCAGCUGGUGAAGAAAAUCCUGUGGUCCAUUCUGAACACUUCCCACGAGGAGCUGCUGGAGAGGGAGGGCAUCGCGGAGGCCUUCAGCAUCGUGUCGCUGCGCCACCUGCAGGUGGUUCUGGACGAGGUGCGGGAGUUCGGCACCAGGCUCACCGACUGCCAGGCCUCGCCCAUCCUGGGGCUGGUGAAGGAGCUCCAGCAGAAGGAGUGGGGGCUGGUGUGUAGCACCAUGUACUUCAUCUACGGCAAGAUCAUCUUGGAGAACCCGGGCGCCAUCUUCCAGCACGUGGACGGCGUCCUGGCCUUGACCCUGCAGCACUAUCAGGACUGCAUUGUGGAGAAGGCAAGGAGUCCCCACCCCAGACCCAAGACCAGCUCACCUGUCCACUCAGAGGAGCGAGGGGUACACAGGGGCCUCUACUGGGUAGACGGAGGGGUUCAAGGCCCGUCUAACUGA